UUCUGACCCUGUACAGCAAAGAUUUAAAUGCUUUUCAACAUUUUAAUAGCUAUAUUUUGUGGAAAGGUGGUUGCAAGAAAUCUGCAUUUUCUCGACUGAAUGCCACAUAUGACUGCUUAAGCUACCAAUCAACGCUAAGUUUGGCAGACAAGUUAGGGAAUGACUGGGACAAGGAUCUUGUUGCUAUGCAAGAACUAGUAACAACUGAAACGUCACAUGAAUUGGUGUUACUUCAGAACAUACAGAUGAUCAAAGAGUCCAUUGAUUUGGUGAAUGGAGAUGCCGAUACAAUGGUACAACGAAUUCUUGAACUUUCUAACGCGGAAAAUGACUUGCAUCAGUACAGAGAUUUAAUGCACCCUGGCUUUUACUUUGUAGGAGAUAAUGUUGAUAUGCGUACAAAAGUCAGGAAUAUGACAAUCUAUAAUCAACACAAAGACCAUCAUAUGUACCAAAUAUGUGCCUAUGAAAACAGAAUUUCAGGGAACCAUCUAGACAACACCGUUGCCAAAGGAGAUGCAAAUACAGUGCCCUUUACUACUUUCAUACCGAGUCAGUCAGAAUUGGACAGUAUAGCUAGUGACUUCACUUUCCUAGUAGCGAAAAUAUGGAGUCAGCAUAUUCCACAUUUCAACAUAUUUGCACCAGUACUUCCUGAGUAUAUCGAACAUCAGUACAUGAAAGAAAUGAAACAAAAAACAACAAGAAUAAAUAUGGGAGUUUUAAUGAAAAGUGAGCAAUACAACGAAGAUAUGACAGACAUUUGUGAAUUUAUGCACAAGUAUGUACCUGGACACAAUGAAACAGAUGACUGGACAAAACAGCCAGAAAAAGUCUUGAGUGGAGGUGACUAUUUAACUUUUGAGAGACACAAACAGGCACAGUCAUCCAAACGAAAUGGUCGAACUCCAACAAAAAGAUUAGAGGGACUGGUGCCUAAAAUGGAAGAAUUUCACAACCAGGGAGAGUUGCUAAAGGUAAUGUCUUUCUCCAAGGGCAAUCAGUAUACUGGAAGUUAA